GAGUGGUGUCAUAAUCUGCAUUGACUCUGAAACAAGAAGUGAUGUCUCGGUUCCUUCAGUUUCUCUGUGUCAUCAUAGCAGCUUCGCAUGCUAUUAGGUUUGCCACCAACUUCUCUAUUCUUGUAGAACACCCUACACAACACCCAAUCUUCCUGUAUGGACAGAAAAAAGAGUUAAUUAGAUGCUAUCAUAGUUAAUUUGAACCUAUGACUAUGCUUUAGAAAAUGGCCGAGAUGAGUGUGAGGAUCUAUACAUGCGGCUUGUGUAUGCAUCAUCAUGGGCUGUAUCUGUUCACUAUGCAUACCAAAGAACAUGGAAGCCUUUUAAUCCAAUCCUUGGAGAGACCUAUGAAAUGGUUAACCAUGGUGGAAUCACUUUUCUUUCAGAACAGGUGUUCUUUCCAAGGGCAAUAUGCUAACUUACAAUCAAGUCAUGGAAGUAAGUUACAAGAAAUUUCAGAAGGAUCAAAUGCAUCAGACAAUAAGCCUUUCUAUAACUUCUUAGAAGUUAAGGAUCCAGAGUUGGGGAGGGAUGCACCUGGAUCACAUCACGGGCGGCACAAAGCAGGACGCUACGGCCUUGAUCUUAGCUUGAAGCUUUGAUUCUAGCAGGAAACUGUGAAGCAGUAACAAUGGCUAUGAUGAGUAUGCAUUUAUAAUGGUUUUCUGCUUGAAAUCCAACAAUGUUAACAAGCUAAGAAAAAGUGAAUAGUUUCCUAGUCUUGGUUGAGGCCAAGGUACUCGGAAUUAAAAAUAGAAGGGACUUGUUACAUUGGAGACCAUGCCUUUGGAUUCAAGGAAACUGGAAAUCAAAGAUAAGAAGAAAUCUUACAUGGAGAUUUCAUUUGACCUAUCUUAAUUUCGAUAGUUAUGGUUUUAUUUUAUUUAAGACUUUUAUUUUGGUUACAUUACAUGUAAUUCUAUAGUUGCGCUAUAGUCUUAGUAAUGAAAUUUUAAAUUCGAUGACACUCCACAAGUCUUGGUUCCUACAAGGGGUUUUGUAGCGUGAAAA